AUGUCUUCCUCUUCAGUUGUUCCUGUUGUUUUGUGGGGAUCUUCGCCUCCAACUCACUGUAUAUCACGCAUAACCACCACAUACGACCAGAAGGCGAUUAUAACAGGGUCUACUGACGGUCAACUUGGGGUCUGGGAUCUGCGAUUUAACGAUCAAGGAGAAAUAAAUGUUGUUCCAAGGAAUCUUAUCUUUGCUCAUUCAGCAAAGGUCACAGCUCUUGCUCGAGCGAGUGAUGGAUGGGAUAACAAGUCCAGUAUAGUUAGUGCUGCAGAAAAUGGUGAGCUGUGCUUAUGGGAUACAGAUGAUGGUCUUUGCAUCCAGACGAACAUCAUCAAUGGAAUUCAUGUCAGCCUUCAUUCUUUCCAGGUACAGUCUGGUAAUUCUAAAGAAUGGAGAAUAGUGUGCCAUGGCAGUUAUCCUGAGAUUUAUGUCUUGGAUGCCGUAUCACUAGAGGUUUUGUACACACUCCGUUCUUCUUCACACUCCAAUUGGAUCAGUGCUGUCUGUGUGGUGCGACCAGCAAGACGUCAAGAGGAUGUCGUUGUUGGUGUAUCCUUGUCUGGUUUCCUGGCCAUAUGGACACUAAAGAGCACUAUCGAUUCAAAGUACUCGGAACCAGCAUAUGAACAAGAACUCAAGCAAGUUGGAAAUUUCAAAACAUCAACGAUCUGCUGCAAUCCAUUUACACAAAGGACAAUACUGGUGGUGUGUUGUACCCACUGGCUGCUCUAUGAUGCCAGCGACUUCAAGUUUCUCACCACCGUGUCAUGUCUGCAAGGAAAAAAGUGGCUGGGUGGGGAUUUUGUUGCCGCUGACUGUGUCAUGGUUUGGUGUAAAGAUGGUACAAGUUAUCUUUACAAGCUUCCUUUGCUUUGUUGUCCUGGACUUGUGGAGACAGGUACAGGUAACCCAUUCGUUAACCCAACAGUGAUCCAGAUCUACCAACCAUCAAACCCAGACCAGACCAACAUAGAAAAUAGUGACCGUGUCAUGUUCUUCUCGUACGGCAGAAGAGAACCAUUCUAUAAACUGGUUCUGAAGGGAAACUCUAAUGGAAGCAUCACAGUGUGGAAAAUUGAUGGUGAAAUGUUGAAAACAAAAAACUUAGAAGCAAAGACUACAGGUACCCCACCGACACUGGAAUGCCGUAUACAAGAUUGUUGGGACACGUUCUGCACACCCUGUGGACUCAUUGACUCACUGAACGGUGAGGAUAACGGAAUACCUGUCACGACCAGCCUGUAUCUACCUUUACAGGGACGUAUUGUAUGUGGACGUGAGGACGGGUCGAUUGUUAUCAUAUCGGCUGCUAAGGCUGCUAUCACUCAGCUGUUCAGGAUCAAGAGAAACAGAGAAUCACCAGUGUGGCCAUCACAUCGUAUACUAACGGGUCAUCGUGGCCGGGUCACGUGUCUCCUGUACCCCCGAGAUGAAGACAAGCGUUAUGAUAAACACUAUCUUGUUUCCGGGGGGGUCGACUUCUCGGUCAAGCUGUGGGACAUUUACAGCGGCGAUCUGCUUUGCACAUUUAGUCCCCAUGGAGGAGAGAUCUUGCGAUUAAUCUGCACCCCCCCGGAUUGUAGCAAUCGCGUGCAGUACUGUAUUUGUACAGUAGCCGCUGACCACUCGGUCGCUUUGCUCAACCUACGAGAGCGGAAGUCUAUCAUGGUCGCUUCGAUACACACGUUUCCGGUGGAGAUUAUCAAAUGGCGGGCUUUGGAUGACUUUCUUGUUGUUGGAUGUUCGGAUGGCUCGGUAUACGUCUGGCAGAUGGAGACUGGCCAUCUCGAUAGACGCGUUAAUGGUCAAGUAGCUCUUGACAUCCUCUCCGCAUGCGAUGACGAAGAAAACAGCCCAGUCUCCUCAACCACUGUCCCGUCCAAAUCCAAAGGAGGAGCCCUAGGUAAGAAACUUAGCAACCUCACCUCAAAUCUCCCGACCCAGGCUGCGACGGCUGCCGUCAAGAAGCUUAAAACCAAAGCAGGGAUUUCAUCAUCUAGUUCUUCAGCGACUUUAAAGACGCAGGACGGGGAUACGGUGGUUGGUACGGGGUUUGUGCCGCUUAAGGUGCUGUCUACCAAGGCUGCAGUGAGUGAUGCAGAGAUUCACGUGAUGCUGUUUGAUACAGAGGCGCUCAUUUGUCAUCUGAUGAAAGAGGAGAAUUCCUUGUUAUCGAAAAAGCCAAGUGAAAGCAAACGAAAGACAAAUCUCUCCAUGCAGCCAGUUGAUGAGACACUAGAUGUUGCACAGCUCAUGAUCUCGGCUCUACAUUCUUGGGGACUGGACUCUAGUAUGGAUGAAGUAUGCGUGGAACGCCUGGGACUUCUGAGACCGACAAAGCCAAUCUCGUUUGGCCUCAUGACACGGGGCGGAAGACUUUCCCUAAUGUUCCCAGGCUGGUAUGGUGAAGAAUCGAACGAAGAACCGAAAAUUUCCGAAUCCAUGCCGAGACUACUCGCCGAAGAAAUUGUUCGUAAGCGCCGAACGUCGUCGAACGUUUCCGAAGACAAGUUUUCGCAUUCUCGUUGGCAGUUGUCAUCGGCUCUGACGACGCUACACCUUGUGGGACUCGUGUCGGUAGCAAAUACCUUGAUGAGCAUGAACCAGGUCAGUUUUAUUACGUCAGAGAAGCGCCUUGCCCUUCUGACCAACGCCAGCCGUGAUAUCCCAAUGUCCUCUUCGAGCUAUGAAGACGAUAAUGAAGGAAUCCCAAGAUCCGCGUCCAAAGACUCUGACGUCCAACUAGCAAUGAAUCAUCGCGCGCAUAUUAAAGCUGGGUGGAGUCAGCUGGCUGCCUUACAUUGUUGCUUGCUGGCGGAUUUGUUGAGAGUACCUUCGUAUAAGCCUCCAUUACUUCAUCUCUUAGCGCGACGAUGGCAAGACAGAUGCUUGGAGGUGCGUGAAGCAGCUCAGGCCAUUCUUCUUGCAGAGCUCCGGAGAAUUGGUUUCGAGUGUCGAAAAAAGGUCGUCGAGACCUGGGCUCCACAACUACCUAAAAAGUUAGAAGACCCAAGCGUUGCAGGGUCUGCAUCCGAGUCCACAUUAGACCCUAAUCUAUCAGCACCUAUGAGCCCCCAGCUUUUUGGUCCCGGAGUAGAACGUCUGGAGUCUUAUGAAGACGAGGUGAUUUUCCCAAGUGAUGAUGUCAGCACUGUCUUGUCCAGCGUCAAGAAGCUUCUUCAAUAUGACAUGCGCCGUCGCCAGGCAACAGCUAUUGUUUUGAUGGGUGUGAUUGGCGCAGAGUUUCAAGGAGAAGUGGAGGUGUACGAGAAGCGAAAUGGCGGGAAUUCUAAAGCCAAGGCCCGUAAAGGGAACGAAACUGAAGCCUCCAUCAUGGAUUAUAACACCGUACGACACACGGGUAAAGCUUUAAUGUACCUUCUACUCAAGACUCCUUCCUCCAAACAAACCGCUCACACGUCAGUCAGAAGAGCAGCUAUCGAUCUGAUUGGUCGAGGAUUCACAAUAUGGGAACCAUAUAUGGAUGUGUCAGCGGUAUUACUUGCACUCUUGGAGCUAUCCGCUGACGAUAAAUACCGCGAUCUCUCAUUCAAGAAAGGAUUACCGCUGUCCCCUGCUGCAGACACUCGUCGCUCUGCUAGGCAUGCGCUGUCGCUAAUAGCAACGGCAAGACCAUCAGUAUUUAUCGCUACAAUUGCUAAAGAGGUUGCUCGAAGUGUUUCUACGUUAUCUUCGAUGUCAUUCAACCAACCCUCCCCAUCAGCCAUUUCGGUAUACAGCCACGUUCGUCACCAGCCCUCCCAGAAUGCUGAAGUCCAGACGACAUCAGUGUUAAACAGGUCCAAACGUGAAAUACUGAGAAUUAUUGACCUUAUGAUUGAGAAGACACAACAGGAGGUUGUGGACUUGUUAACAGAUGUUGUAGAUGUUGUCGCAUAUUGUUUGGACCAAAAAAGUAUUAAAGAAAGAGGACUGACUGAGCUAUUCCCAGGGCUUUGCAGGUUCAAUAUGGUGAGCUAUUCACAUCAGUCACGUCGCUUAGCUGUUGGUGCAAAGACUGGACAGAUUGCCCUGUAUGACCUUCGUUCUUCAAGAUGCCAGAUGGUUAAUGCCCACAAGUCUCCAGUAAUAGCUCUAUCUUUCUCCCCUGACGAUAAGGUCCUUGCCUCCUACAGCUAUGGAGACUCUGCCAUCUGUUUCUGGCAGGUAUGUGAAAACUGGGCUUCCUGUGUAUUAGGAUCUAGGCCUCCUAUACUAGUCACUACUGGUCACACCAGAGGAAGCCCAAUUUAGAUUAAAAUGUUACCCUAAUGUUAAAUUCUUGCCAAUCCA